AUGACCGUCGCUGCGCUCUCCCCUCUGCACAGCGCAGAGGGCUUCACCGUCGAUGUCCUCCUCCGGAUCCAGCGAGCGACCCUCCUCAACCCGGUGCUCGCCUGGCUCUUGCCCGUCCUGACUGGCUUGAGGGCGACUGCGACGAGACCUUACACCUCCAGCAGCCUCCUCGACGCCCUUCAGCUCCUUCCCUCGACCUUCCCCCACAUCCUUCGCACAGACCGGCUGUCCCAGCUCGCACUCGCCGUCUUUGCGCUCGCCGCGGGCUUGCAGGUCAACUCGCUUCUCAGCAGAGCGGCGAGGAACAACUUUGCACGGGACAGGAAGGGGUGGGACUGGAAGAGCGAGGUCGUCGUGAUCACAGGAGGUGCCGGCGGACUCGGGAGCGAGGUCGCUCGCAGGCUCUCGGCGAAGGGUAUCAAGGUCGUCGUCCUCGACGUUGCGCCUCUCGCGGCUGAUGCUCCUGCCAGCAUCUCGUACUACAAGGUCGACCUUGCGAGUGCUGAAGCGGUCAAGGAAGUUGCUGACCUGGUUCGCAAGGAGGUUGGCGACCCCUCCGUCCUGAUCAACAUGGCUGGCGUUGUUCGAGCGAACGCGAUCCUCGACAUGCCGCAGCGCGAGGUCGACCUCACAUACGACAUCAACGUCAAGGCGCACUACUACACCACCCAGGCUUUCCUUCCGCGCAUGAUCGAGGAAGGUCACGGGCAUGUCAUCACGAUCGCUUCGUCGACGGCGUACCACCAGGCCGCAACGGGCGUCGCCUACUGCUCCUCGAAAGCCGCCGCCCUUUCUUUCCACGAAGGCCUCACCGAAGAGCUACGCCAUCUCUACCAGCCCACGUCGCACGCCCGCGCAAUCCGCACCUCGGUCAUCUGCCCUGCCCACUUCAAGUCGAACAUGUUCGCUGGCUUCAAGAGCGGCAUUCCCGAGUUCUUUGCGCCGAGUUUGGAGGUAGGGACUGUGGCAGAGUUGGUAGAGAAGACGGUGUUGAGCGGAGAGUCGCAGCACAUCAUCGAGCCGUUUUAUGCCAAGUGCACACCGCUCGGUCGCGCGCUGCCGACUUGGCUCUACGGCGGCAUUCUUGCCUGCGCUAAGGACGCCAUGGGCGCGGUCAAGGCGUAUAGAGCGAAGGAGCAGUAG